GGGCUAGGGUGGUAGGGAUGGUAGGGGGCGGGGUGGCCGGGGGCGGGGCAGGCAGCCAGUCUAGUCACCCCGCCCCGCCCCGCCGGCCGCCACUCCACCGCCCGCCGCCUCCAUAGUCACACGUACGCCGGUCACCCGCUGCCUCCGCCACCAUGUCUCUCGAGGAGAAAUUCAACGAAGCUGCCGAGAAGGUGAAGAAGCUCAAGACCCAGCCCAAUGAUGAGGAACUGAAGGAGCUGUAUGGCCUGUACAAGCAGGUCACCGUUGGAGACAUCAACACAGAGCGGCCUGGCAUGCUGGACUUCAAGGGCAAGGCCAAGUGGGAUGCCUGGAGCUCCAGGAAGGGCAUGACCAAGGAGGCAGCCAUGGAGGCAUACGUUGCCAAGGCAGACCAGCUUGUUGCUACUUACGGCUUAGCAUAAUUUUCUCAUAUUCCUUUCCUCCUUUCAGUCAUUUCAAGAUAAGUGUUUGUCCAGUCCUGUUUUUGAGAUUAUAGAUUUAAAUUAAGCACCUAAGAUAGUUUAAUACUUUGCUUGUAACUCUUGGGUUCUUUAUAAAAUUGAUCAAGUUUGAAUAAAUGAACUUUUUAACACCUGA